AUGGGCUACCAGUACCUCAGCGUCGAGCGCAAAGGCGACGUCUUCAUUAUCACGUUGAGAAAACCUCCGCAGAACCGUCUCAACGUUGCUUGCUGUCAAGAGCUCAUCCGGGCAUAUCACUCGAUCCAGAAGGAGUUGGGUCAAGAUGCCGAAGGCGCGGUGGUGUUGACUGGCAGCGAUGCCAAAUUCUUCACCACGGGACUCGAUCUCGACGAGCGAGAAACCAACAUGUUUGCUUCAUGCGACGGUUUCUAUCCUCUCCUCGCCACUAUCCUUGACUUCCCCUUCCCGACAGUCGCGUGCAUAACGGGCCACGUCAUGGGCGGUGCCUGUCUUCUCACCCUCGCGCACGACUAUCGCGUGAUGAACUCGCAGCGCGGGUUCUGGCAAAUGCCCCCUGUGAUUGCCGGUUUGCACCACGACGGCAUGGGGUCGCUGCUGCGGCUGAAACUCGCGCCCAAGGUUGCGAGAAAGGUCCUGCUCGAAGCGCACCGAUAUACCGGCAAGGAAGCGCUCGAGGACGGGAUCGUGGAUGUUAUCGCCCCGCCGGAUCGGAUGCUCGAGGAAGCCGUCAAGAUCGCCGAGCAGUGGAAGUCCAAGGCGAAAAUGGGGGUUUAUGGCUUGUUGAGGAACGAGCUAUGGGGUCAGGCCCAUUCGGCGUAUCGGGCUGUGAGUUACGUUCAUCAUAAGCAGACGACAAGGGAGCCAAAGGUCAAAUUGUAG